AUGUGGCGACUUUGGAAACAGAGGCUGGGCUUCAGGAAGGCGUGCUUCCUCAAGCUGCUCUUCCCAGUCUCCGCAGUGUGCCUCAUAGUGGUAUCUUCAGGCAUGUGCCGUGCCUUCGCAGCUCCCGGCGAGGAGGCACCGUAUGCGCAAGUCAUCCGAACUUUGGGCGAUGCCAGCAGCUGGCAGGAUGCUCUCGAGCUCCUUGCCGACAUGUGCAAGAUGGACCCGAAGGCGGCUCUCAACACCGCGACAUUCACGGCCGCCAUUCUCGCGUGCGGCAGGACUGCACAGUGGCUGCAGGUCAGUGUGUUGCUCGAGCAAGCCCGGAGGAAAGAAGUCAAGUCUGACUUGGGUAUGUGCCAAGCGGCGUUGGCGGCCUACGCGGAGCGCCUCGCUUGGGCGGAGGCCAUGGCAUUGCGACAGCUUGUGCCCAGCUUUGCCGUGCUCCCGCUCCCAGGCUUUGCGGCUCUGGGAGGCGCCGUUACGUUCGGUGAGAGCCAGGGUGUUUGA